CCUCCAUGUUACGAAUAUCUCUCACCAUAUAAAUAAUUGUGAAACACCAUGUAUUCUGAUUAAAGUGGUUGGGUGAACAACGAUUGGUGAGUGAAGUAAGUCAUCGAAUUGCACUGAGUCGCAGUGUAUCCAUAUCAAAACACAACACUACUCCGCACAUCACCACACUACAGCACACUCCACUACACAACACAACAACACACAACAUCUCACUCCACACGUGGCAUCCAGUUCACUCGCGACAAUCACGCAACACACAACUGUCGCUCACUAAUCUGCAUUCCUCUUCUUCUUCUUCUUCCUCUUCCAGAACUGUCAUGAGACUCGUCUUCGUACUACUACUCAGUGUCUUCCUCUUCGAACAACUACUGACCAAACCAAUGCCAUUCAACUCUACCGUUCAAUAUAAUCAAGGUGUGGACGGCUCCAAACCCAAUAUAGUUUUCAUCGAUGACGAAGAUGAUAAAUUCAACUUUCAGCAUGCCGGAAAUUUAGAUCCCUCAAAUUCACAACUGCGACCUGAAAACCAUGAUAUUGGCAAUCCCAAUCCUCCAAAUUAUACACCUGAGCGCUAUCUCGAAAUGAUAAACCGAAAUGUUGGUCAACACUGGUAUCCAGGAGUUCGUCGUCCAGACAUUGGACAGUACUAUUGGUACUAUUGAAAUAUUGAACCGUGAUGGAUCUGCAUUUGACUCAGAACAAUUCUCAUAUCUCAGUAUCAACGAUUUCUCCAAAUUCCUCUUCACAUCAUCACAAUUCACAUACACCAUAUCAUCUCCAGUUGUACUAUUCUACUCAUUUGUCUAACCAUUAAAUAUACUUAAUCCCACA